GAAACGGACUCCAUCUCCAGCAAAUACGCGAGAGGAAAGCUUGGCGUAGUCGCUGCGAUGGCAACCUCGUCAAACCAGGAAUGUCAUAUCUGCCUUGAAGAGCUACGCAGUGACCUCGUGGCUGCGCCGUGCGGCCAUGUCUUCCACCACGCCUGCAUCAUUCAGGCGCUACAGGUCAACAAGCAAUGUCCCAUAUGCCGCCGCAGCACAUACGACGCUGAUCUCAUCGCGCUCUACUUCGACGUACCGAGCACUGGCGAUGCCCAGGAUGGAAAUAUAGAGCCGAUCAAGCAUGCCGAGGCCUCUGGAGACAGCGUGGCGCUCAGUUCGCGCGUCAAUACGCUCAUGGAGCGCAUCCAGUGGCAAAAUAAACAGCAGGAGCGCCUCGUGGAUGAGCUGCGGCGUCUGCGCAGUCAGAGUGAGCAACUACUAGCCGACAAGCGUUCGCUAGCUCAGCGGGUCGGUUCAUUGGAAAACACGAAGAAUGAACUAUUGACCAAAGUGUCGAGGUACCAGAUGGAACUCUCGCGUCAAACUGAGGCUGCGCGCAGAUCGAGUGUGAAUCAAAGUAUUAUCAAUUACUUAGAGACAUGCGACGCUUCGGCACUGGAGGAGGAGGUCCAGAACCCGCGAGAACUCAUUAUGGCGUUAAAAAAGGCAUGCAAGUUCCGCCAUGACCAAUACGAGAAGGUGGUGAAGGAAAAGAUGCGUCUUAAGGAGAUGCUGAGGAAUACACAGCCGCAACUUGCACAGCAACAGGCAGUUGGCAAUGCUAGAGUGGUGAAGAACAAGGCUCGCAGUGCAGAUUCAGUGGCGUUUGAGAGCAAACGCGCGUAUCCGACUUUUGGAACGGGACUUCAGUCAUCAGUGGAAAACAAGAAGCCUAAGAUUGACUCGUCGUCCGUGACAUCAAAUGCGAUGUCGUUCUUUGAUCAGGGAAACGACGAUGCUCUAGGAUUUACGCAACGGUCACAAUCGGCGGGAUUCCGCGCGAACGCUUACUCGGACGUAUCAAUCCGUCCGACACCGAGUUCACGACAAAGAUUUGGACGCAGCAACUUUAACCCGAACCAGUACGGAGCGUUCAAUGUGACACCGUCAAGUCAGCCUCCUGUAGAGAUGGCUGGAUUCCAGGCGGAGGUGUGCCGCCGUGGCUACGAUGAAACUGGUAAGUUGACCAACUUUUUCCUCCCAAAGGAAAGUGACUCGCGGUCUGUAUCUCGGAAGAAACCAAUUCCGAGCAUGCAGAAUCUGCUGAACUCACAACCAAGAACUUCGGGUCAGCAGCAGCGCGUUGCGAACAACGACCGACAGGAGUACGCUCUAACAAACUGGCUGCGCAAUAAUUAAGGGUCCCUCUCUGGACUCUUGACGUGUGCAAUCACAUAUUGUGUAAGAUUAUUUGCACGGGUAGGUGCAGGCAUGGCUGCCGUUUAAACUUAAACAGAGGGUUAUUUCGCUUAAUAAGCACAAUACGUUCUUCUAGCUAUUCCUGCGAGCCAUGGAGCUGGGAACGCAGCCGUGUCAGUGUUUCCUGCAGCAUAAGGUGGUGUUCCUCUACGACCUGGAUGACUUGAGGA